GGUACGGAGUGAGGAGGCAAGCAAUUUUUGUUACAGUGGCAUUUUUCUGAAGGACUUUCAAGUUCCAGUCACAUUUAGGACGUUGAGCGCGAUUAAUUUGAAGAGCGACAUAGAAGUUUGGCUUUCCGAUGAGUCCAUUAGGGUUCAAGUCGGUGGUGUACCACGGAGAUGCGCGUUUAGGGGACCUGGAUAUAGUACAAUUGAAGGAUCGAAAUUUCCAGUUCCCGAGUAAUGAGAUACACAUCCACCACAUAUCUCCUAACAGUGAAAGAUGCCAUCCUUUAGCUGUUUUGCAAACAAUUUCUGCCCCUGUUCGCUGCAAGCUGGAGCCAGUCUCCGAUUCAGCCUUCACUGCUACCGAUCAGUCUCCAUUGAUCAAUCUCCAUGCAUCGUGCUUCUAUGAACUGAAGACAGCAGUUGUUAUAAUAGGGGAUGAGGAAUUGCACUUAGUGGCAAUGCCAAGUAAGCAGAAGAAAUUUCCAUGUUUCUGGUGCUUCUCCGUUCCAUCUGGUGUAUAUGGUGCAUGUUUGGCGAUGUUGAAUAUGAGGUGUUUGGCUAUUGUGUUUGAUCUUGAUGAGACAUUGAUUGUUGCAAAUACAAUGAAGUCUUUUGAGGAUAGAAUUGAAGCUUUGCGGGCUUGGAUUGCAAGAGAGAUGGAUCCAGUCAGAGUGUCAGGAAUGUCUGCAGAGAUGAAGAGGUAUGCUGAGGAUAGGGAAAUGUUAAUGCAGUACGCAGAGGGUGAUUGUGUUUUGGAUGGUGGAAAAACAUACAACUCACAGCAAGAGGAGGUGCUCCAGUUAUCUGAUAAGCAUGAAUGUGUUAUUCGACCAGUCAUAAGAUUAGAGGAAAAGAAUAUCGUCCUUACACGAAUCAAUCCAGAGAACCGUGACACUAGUGUGCUAGUCAGACUACGACCUGCUUGGGAUGAUUUGAAAAAUUAUUUGACUGCAAAGGGACGCAAAAGGUUUGAAGUAUAUGUUUGUACCAUGGCGGAGAGAGAUUAUGCAUUGGAGAUGUGGAGGUUACUUGACCCUGGUGCACACCUUAUCAGUUCACAGCAACUAUUGGAUCGUGUUGUAUGUGUCAAAUCAGGUGCCAGGAAGUCAUUGCAUAAUGUCUUCCAAGGUGGAAUUUGCCAUCCAAAAUUAGCAAUGGUUAUUGAUGAUCGUAUAAAAGUGUGGGAGGACAAGGAUCAACCUCAUGUUCAUGUUGUCCCUCCCUUUACCCCAUAUUAUGCUCCUUUGGCCGAGAUAGCAAAUGUUAUUCCAAUCCUGUGCGUCGCAAGAAAUGUUGCCUGUGAUGUUCGAGGGCGUUUCUUUAGGGAGUUUGAUGAAGACCUAUUACGACAAAUUUCUGAAAUAUUCUAUGAGGAUGAGGUGGUAAAGCUUCCUAGUGCACCUGAUGUAUGCAAUUACUUGAUAACUGAGAAUACUGGUGUUUCGUCUAAUGGCAAUGUUCCAAUCGUUGAAGGAAUACAUGACCCUGAAGUUGCUCAAAGAUUGAAUCAGCAGGAUGUGUUGAAUAAUGAAUAUCAUGUUACACUUACCGUUCUGAGUAACCCAGAGCUCAAAUCUGAAAGCUCUCAGUCUCUACUAGGAUCUCCUCCAAAUGUAUCUUCCACAUCUUGUAGAGCAGGUUUACCUUCAGAAAAGCCUAGUUUGCUUGGAUCCCCGCUUGGAUGGGAUAAAAGCUUUUCUGAAGCAGACCCCAAUGGUAGGAAAAAGUUGCCCAUAUUGAACCAUAGCCAAGAUGUCAGGUUUCGGGGUUCAGUGGAGCCACCUCUUUUAUCUAGAGUGCCUCAGAAAAUACCUGGACUUCCCUUGCAAUUGCAGGGCCCCUUGUCUGUAGAUUGUGAAGCAAUCAGUGGACAUUUUGGCAAUCGAACACCAGAAGGUAUUCAAGGUAGUGAUGCAUUCAGACCUGAUAAACUACAAAGUCGUCAGUCUCUGGCAUCAUAUUCAUUUACAACAAAGAGUGAAGAGGCAAUUACAAAGAUGGGAAUGCAUGAGCAGAAGACCGGUAUCUCUCCAAACCAGAUGUCUUCCAUUAAAAGGGAGCCUCAACUAGAAGCAGGAAAUACAAGCGUCUUACCAUCUCUGACCAUUGGAGUGCUGCAUGAAAUUGGAAGAAGAUGCAGCUCAAAGAUUGAAUUUAGGCCUAUUGUCAGUGCCAGUGAUGAACUGCAGUUUUCUGUUGAGGUACUCUUUGCUGGUGAGAAAAUGGGUAUUGGUAUGGGUAAAACCAGGAAGGACGCUCAGCAGCAGGCAGCUGAAUAUGCCCUGCAUAGCUUGGCUCAGAUAUAUGUCUCCCAUGUUGAAUCACAUAAUGGAGUGGCAGAUAAAGAUAUAGGUAGGAUUUCUUCUGGAAAUGAAAAUGGAUUUUUAUGGGAAUCAGUCAGUCCUAGAGAUGGAAAGCAAGAGGAGGGUACAUUGUUCAAAGAUAAAAUCUAUGAGGCUGGGCUUCAUGCUGACACUACUCUUGAUCAUUGACAUGGAUGCAUGGAGUAAUGAUUUGUUUAUUGGAUAUAAGAUCAAUGAGUUUUGGAAUUUUGUCACAUCAUAGUAGAUGGCAAAAUAUGUCCAUGGGGAAAACGUCGAAUGAGGUGGCAUUCUUGUCUGCUGAUGUGAAUCUCGCUAUAUGCUUCAUAUUUCGUGAUUGGAGGUAAGGUCAUUGCUCAUUUUCCAGUAGUAGCACAUACACACCCUUUGUCCAAGAAUUCUUACAAUGUUCACACCCACACCGGUGCAUCACCUUUUGAACAACUUGUGAGUGUAAUUACAGGUGAAUAUGAAUUUUUGUACCCUUAGUGGACCCUCUUUGUCAAGUACAGCAGCUUACUCUUGAGAGAGACAAUACUCCACUUCUUGUACACAACAUUGUUAGCACAAGGCGUCCUCGACUUCGCCAACUUACCAUGCAUCUUAACUGAAGGUUUAAUCCAUUCAUGAGAUUGCAGUCGUGAAUGGAUUUGUCAAAAGUAAUGCUGCUGCUUCUGCAUUGUCCAUAAGGUUUAACCGUCCUUACCAUAACCAUGAAUGCUUCACCUCAUAAAUAGUUAGUGGCUUGAAGUGGGGGAUGGUUUACCACAAUAUUUUGGAUUUGUCACCUUGGUUUGAUAUCAACUUAGUAAAUACCUGAAUAUGGG